AUGGCAGAAAUACUCGGACUGGCUUCCAGUAUCAUCACAAUAGUCGAAGUAGCAGGAAAGCUCGGCACCAACACCAUCCGACUCAAGCGAUUAUGGGACGAAGUCCAAGAUGUCCCCGCUAGCAUCCAGAGAUGCAUCGAGCAAUUGGAGAUCUUGGCUCCCGCUAUCGAGGAAAUGGAUCAUGAGUUUGAAAAGACUCGAAAUAUGAUACAGAACGACUCUGCUGCCAAGCGAAGCUUGGAAUAUUCUCGGAAAGCGGUAGAGACUCUCGACACCUUGGUCAGAGACAUGGAGUCACAGAUCAACGCGGCAAAGGCCAGUAGGAGACUGGUAGCCCAGCUCAAAGUCAGGAUCAAAAGAGACAUGAUUGAAGAUCACCAGCAUAGACUCACAUCAGCCCUUCAGCUGCUGUCUCUCUCCCAACAAACCUAUUUGAUUGCUUUAUCUCGCGCGCAACCGGAAAUAAUCAUUUCUGAGAUACGAAGCUGGCGGGAUUCAGAGCAUCAGAAGCAACGUCCAGCAGGCAGUGAAGAAGAUGGCCAGUCACAAGGUGAGGAACCUAGAGAGGAACAGGCCGGGCAGUCUCAAAAUAACUUAAGCAUUUGGUCCGCCAAAAAGCCGUUGCCGCGAAGGCGACCCGGUCUACUAGGCAGCUUCACUUUCCAGUCUUAUGAGGUUGUUGAAAGCCCUUCAAUCCACUACGUGCCAGAAAAGGCACGAUUCUUUCAAGCAAAGGUACAAAUACCUUGGUUCAUACAAAGAUCGUGGGACUUGUCAGUACUUCGAGCAUCGGCCGGAUGGACUUUCCAACUGAACACUAGUAAUAUUCGGCCUUGGGGUGCUGAAAUAAUUCAGGCCGUCCGAAGGGGGGAAGUUGAGCAUAUUGUCAAACUUCUCAAGAACAAAGAGGCAUCAAUCUACGACGUGGAUCCUUAUGGACAUUCGUUACUUGACAUUGCCAUUUUUUACCAACACAUCGAAGCCAUCGAGUCUCUCAUUCUCAUGGGAAUUAGCGUUUCUGAUGUCGACGCAUCGGAGCUAUUUUUUUGGAUAUACAUCUGGUUGUGGAAGGAUCCUCAGGCAGAAGGUCCAAUAAUAAAGCUUGCCCAUCAGUGGACAAAAGAAACAGGGGGCAUAUCAAUUGAGUAUCUGGAAGGACAUCCUUUCAGAGAUGCCUUCUGGACAGUUCCGAGUGCAUACACUCUUUUAUCGAAGACAGAAUCUGUCCGUCAAGUGUUGCCUUCAUUUGACUGGAUCGAUGUCAACCCAGCGGUUCCUUUAGAGUUGAUAAAAAGUGGCCUCGCUGGAAUUUCAGACUUCCAUCCGUUCGUCUGCACAACACUCCUGGAUGGUACUUGCGGCUGCUAUGAUUCGAGUCUCAUAUUCCAGUAUUUCCAUGCACUCUUGAACAACGACGAGAGCUUCCAUGACUGGAGGUGCUUAACCAGAAAGGUGUUCCUGGGACUUUCGCCCUUGGAUAUCGUUCAUCCCCAUGAUGGAGCCUUCUGGAAUCUUGCCAGUACUCUUGAAGCACUAGGGAAGCGGCAAUUCCGACUCCUCCCUUUCGAAAGGUGGGUACAAAACGCUGUUACUCUGUGGCUCGAGGAUGUUGCAGCAGCUGGCAUCAACCUCGAAGAGUACAUGAGCUUGGAAUUGCAAUACAACCGAAGGCUUCAUAAUCAUACUGUCCGCAAGGAUGCGAAAUUGGAGGUUCGGCCAGUGGCGCGUUUACCGGCAUCAGGGCCUUCACUGGUAAUUCUGUCAGUUGGACCACGGGCUGAUGACUGGUCCUUUUCCUGGGAUCCAUUUGUAGAGGAGCUGUCCGGCGAAUUCUGGACAGCACUUGAAGAUUCUCAGAUAAAAGUGCCUGGAGCUUGGGUAGACGAGAGAACUGGGUAUAUUGAGUGCCUUAUGGGAAACCUCGAACCAUGUUGGUUCCGGCGGCAGGAGAGGCGCUACAAGAAUAAGUCCAGUAUCUCCAAUGAAAUUCCGAAAGAAAUGCAUAUGCAAGCCAUGCGCUUGCAGGGGCCGGAGUGGCCUGAGAUCAAAUAUCGCGAAGGAUUGCGAGUACGAGGAAUGACUACGUGUGAGGGGUUUUCGCCGUACGAGGCACGGUUUUGGAUUUAA